AUGGCUACUCCUGGCCAACCAAGCCCAGAGCAAAUGGCGGCCAUGCAACAGCAGUUCGCCGCCGAAGCCGCCAAACGAGGGAUGACGCCGCAGCAAUUCGCCGCAAAGCAACGUGAGCAGCUGGCUGCCGAUGCCGAAAAGCUCGGUUUGACUACUGAACAAUAUGUUGCGCAGUUGCGCAUGCGAGCAAUGCAAGCACACCAAGCGCAACAGAAGCUCCAGGCUGAACAACAGGGUCAAGCUGCACCAGAAGGACAACAAGCUCAGCCCGCACCCCAGCACCAACACACAACCACACAGCAGGUUCCUGUGAACCCCAACAAUCCUCCGGACCCAAAGGCGAUAGCUGUGGCCAACUGGCUGCGGUCGCAAAAUCUCAAGCCACGUACAUGUAUCAUGGACGGACAGCGCAAGGACAUGUUCAAGGUCAAGCGCGCAAUCCGAGCCAUUGAAUCCCCUGCCUACGCCAAAGCCGCCUCAAAGAAGAACUCCCUCCUCCCCCCAGUGACCGACCGCGCCUCCGCUGAGAACGUCUUCAAGCUUCUUCCGCUUUCCCUUCUGGCUCUCCGAGUGAGCAAGGUUGAUCCCCAUGAAGGACACAACCAUGCCAAACCCAAGAACCGCACUAAGGGUCUAUGGACCGUGAAGAUUGAACAGCACCAGGAGACCGAUCCUAUGAUGCAUUACGUUUGGUUGUACGACGGUCCGCAGUGGAAGCAAAAGGCUAUGGCCGCUGCCGUUGUUGCGGGUAUUUUCGCCGUUGUCCUCUUCCCGUUGUGGCCUAUGAUUAUGCGCCAGGGAGUGUGGUAUCUGAGUGUUGGUAUGAUGGGACUGCUGGGUCUCUUCUUUGCCAUGGCUAUCUUCCGUUUGAUUCUAUUCUGCAUUACUGUCUUCACCGUGGCUCCGGGUCUCUGGCUAUUCCCCAAUCUCUUUGAGGAUGUCGGAUUCUUCGACAGUUUCAAGCCUCUAUGGGGCUGGCAAGAGACAAAAAAGAGCAAAAAGGCUAGCAAAUCCAAGGCUAAAGCCUCUGCUCCCGCUCCAGUUACCGCAGCUGCUCCCUCGACAAACGCCCCCUCGGCAACCACAAGCUCUGCCGAGCCCACUUCCACCCCAUCCACAGUCGCAGCCCGACGAGGUUUGACCGCAAGUGUGGAAGAGGUGGAGGAGUAG